GCAUGCCCAGUACAUCCUUCUCGGUACUUAAGGGUAAUGGCUGUGCUAGGUGGGACGAGCGGAUCGACCGCAUCCUUUGAGUGUGAGGCUCUUCCAUCGAGAGGACCAUUUUAACUCAGGCGGUGCCGAGUUAAAAUGGUCGAUAUCCGACCCGAAAAGCAUCCAGAAACAGCUGUAAAUAUUGCGAACAUCGUCCUUUAAAUUACACCCACUGUUAACAUCCAGUCUUAGUGGUCAGUUCCGCCUGCCGAUCAGAGGUUUACACUGAGGCCAUGGCUGUGAAGGACCGCGUAGAGGCGGUACUCAAUGUGGGACUGCGUGUUCCCAGCAUCAUGCUGCUGGAUGUCCUGUACCGCUGGGAUGUCAGCUCCUUCUUCCAGAAGAUACAGCGCUCCAGCCUCUCCAACAACCCCCUGUUCCAGUACAAAUACCUGGCACUCUACCUGCACUACGUGGGUUACAUCCUGAGUUUGGUGCUCCUGACUCUGCCUCGUCAGCACCUGGUUAAACUCUACCUAUAUGUCCUAACGGCUCUGCUGUUGUUUGCUGGUCACCAAGUCUCAAGGGAUUAUGUCCGCAGUGAACUGGAGUCUGGCUAUGAAGGAUCGGUCUACCUGGAACCUCUCUCCAUGAACAGAUUCACCACUGCACUCAUAAGUCAGCUGGUGGUGUGUACGCUAUGUUCCUGUGUGAUGCAGACCAAGAGGAUUUGGCUUUUCUCUGCUCACCUCCUCCCUCUGGUGGCCAGACUGUGUCUUAUCCCACUGGAGACUAUUGUCUUCAUCAAUAAGUUCUCAAUGAUCUUCACAGGCCUGGAGGUCAUUUACUUCCUGGCUUCUAACUUGUUGGUACCAUACAACCUGGCCAAGACUGCCUACAGGGAGCUGGCUCAGGUGGUGGAAGUGUACGGGCUGCUAGCUUUGGGUAUGUCUCUAUGGAACCAGCUGGUCCUUCCAGUUCUCUUUAUGUGUUUCUGGCUACUGCUGUUCGCAUUGCAGAUCUACUCCUACUUCAGCACCAGAGACCAGCCUACCUCAAGGGAGAGGCUCCUUUUCUUCUUUCUUACCAGUAUAGCAGAAUGUUGUAGUACACCGUACUCCCUGCUGGGUCUGGUUUUCACCGUCUCCUUCAUUGCUCUGGGAGUUCUCACACUCUGCAAGUUCUACCUGCAAGGUUACAGAGCCUUUAUGAAUGACAACACCAUGCACAGGGGGAUGACAGAAGGCAUCACCCUGCUGAUCCUCGCUGUCCAGACUGGCCUCAUUGAGCUUCAAGUCAUCCACCGAGCCUUCCUCCUCUCCAUCAUCCUCUUCAUCGUUGUUGCUUCCAUCCUGCAGUCCAUGCUGGAGAUAGCUGACCCCAUAGUCCUGGCCCUGGGAGCAUCAAGAGACAAGAGUUUGUGGAAGCACUUCAGAGCCGUGUCUCUGUGUCUGUUCCUGCUGAUUUUCCCAGCCUACAUGGCCUAUAUGAUCUGUCAGUUCUUCCACAUGGACUUCUGGCUACUCAUCAUCAUCUCCUCUUCCAUCCUCACAUCACUGCAGGUCCUCGGCACUUUGCUGAUCUACAUUCUCUUCAUGGUGGAGGAGUUUCGAAAGGCUCCAGUAGAGAACAUGGAUGAAGUUAUCUACUGUGUCAACGGGACGUACAGAUUGCUGGAGUUCCUGGUCGCAGUGUGCGUGGUGUGCUACGGCGUGUCAGAGACGGUAUUUGGAGAGUGGAGUGUGAUGGGAAGCACCAUCAUCCUGGUCCACUCGUAUUAUAACGUCUGGCUCAGAGCCCAGCUAGGUUGGCAGAGCUUUCUGCUCAGGAGAGAUGCUGUAAACAAGAUCAAAAGCCUCCCCACAGCCAGCAACACACAGCUGGAACAGUACAAUGACAUCUGCGCUAUCUGCUACCAGGACAUGAACAGUGCUGUGAUCACGCCAUGCAGUCAUUUCUUCCACGCUGGCUGUCUGAAGAAAUGGCUUUAUGUCCAGGAAACAUGCCCCCUCUGUCACUCGCAACUCAAGAGCCAAUCAACACCCGCUACUGUCCCCAACCAAGAUGUCCCUGCAGCCAAUCAGAACCCUGCAGGGCAGGAAGAAGCCCCAGCCAAUAAGAUGCAGAAAGAUGACACUCUUCCAGAUGAUGGGAAGGAGGGUGGGCCAGGAGAGCAGCAGGGAGAUAAUGCACCUGCCAUGUCAGCUGGAGAAACCUCCUCCUCCUCCUCUGCUGUGCCCUCUACUCCCCAGCAUCUGGCCAGGACUUCAUCGUUGUCUACUUCUCCUUCCCCACUUGUGACUGAAUCUCGGAACCAGUCGCUUACAGAUGAUCCUUCUUCGACUUCGUCAGACACAUUGGACAUGCCCCCCUCUCUCUCAUCUCUCUUCCACUCUUCCUCCUCACAGCCACUGGCCCAGGCAGAGAUAACCCCUGUUGAACCUGAGCCCACCCCUCAGAUAAACCCAGGCUUCCUACUGGACAGCCAGGAGUCAUCUAGUGGUCCAUCAUCACAGCUUGACCAGCCCACUUACCCUUCUGAGGAACAAUCGCCUCCUCCUUGCAGCCUCUGAGCCCCAUUGUAACACACACGACAUACGUGCAUGCACAUGUAAACACACAAUCUCCUAUAAUCUAAAAUCUGCCUAUAUUCUACUUGUCCAGCAGUUGGCUAUCCCAUCAUGUUAGAAAUUCAACUCCAAACCUCUCCAUAUCCAUUUUAAGAGAAAAAAUACAAAACACUCUCUAAGCAGAUCUUCAUUACUCUACAUCAAAUAAAUGCAGUUGAUUCCAACUUCAGAACAUUUUUCAGGCAAUUGUUUUGGAACAGUUAACCUAAAUGUGUUUCCAUGCGGAGUUUAACUUUUAUGCCAGCAACGAUUUAAUUUCCCAUUCAACAAAAAAAAGGGAAAAGCAGUAAUCUCAAAAAUAAUUAGUAGUUCUACAUGAUGUCCACGAAAUGUGAAAUCCUGAAUGAAACUGAAGUACCCCAUCACUUCUAGCUUUUGACAUUGAUAUCUAUGGCGACAUUUCUAAAAUCCUGCUUAUGUCCUUAUCAUUUCAUGUGAUGGUUGCUCCCAUCAUGCCUUUGUUUGUGCAUCUUCACUCUCCUUGUCGUACAUUUCAUAGUAUUUGGGUUUUCUCUUUAGUCCUGUAUGUGCCAUGAUCUAAUGAGGAAUGGGUCAGAGGUUUAGAGAGCCUUGAUAGGCUAGCGAUAACUGGUGGUUGCAUUUUAAACCGUGACAAAGUUAUAGCAUUUCAUAUGGUUUACAACAUUUCAAGUCUACAGAUUUCUCCAUUUGGUUUUGAUAAAGAUGUUUGGUUUUCACUGUUGGAUGGCAGUAGUUGUGUAUUAGUGAAUACACUAAGCAUUAACAGAGACUGAAUGUUGUUUCUUGAGGCCAUCACGUGACCUGAAGCCUGGUGCUAAGCAGAGGAUACAUGGUGUGGUCUGUUAAAGUGUUAGUGUGAACAAAUCAAAGGGUUCACAUGGAAAACUAAUUAAUUUCAAUUGUCAAGCUUUCUCUAUUGUACUGCUUUGAAUCAAACUUGUUUGGCUGGUCCCAGCAAAAACAGUUCUACUCCUCAUCGCCAAACUUUUCUAUUACUGUUAAAGAGAUGUUAUUUUUAAGAUAAUUUUUACAUUACUGCUUUAAUGGAGUGCAGACUGGCUAAAAACAAGGGAGAGAGAGACAGAGCGAGAUAACGUGUCACAGAGGCCACAGUUGGUAUUUGAACCUUCAGCCUUGUGAGAAUGUGGAGUGUAAAUUAGCCCACAGAGCAGGCAAGGAGCCCAAACUCUGUUGUUGUUGGCUUUACUUCAUUCAUGGUACUCAUCCACACUAAUUUUUCCUGAGCUCAGCUGAUUUUACAAACCCAUUCAACCAGUCACAUUUAACCAGUCCAUCCCAAGUUUGCCAUCGAGCCAGCGAUUGUUGAGACUCUUUCAUGGCAGGAGCCAAUCCCCUUGCUCCCUGCAGCUCCUUUUUUAUAAACCGAUCACAUCAAGCACCCUGUGUUUUCUAAGACCAUCAUUAUCCUCCUGCUGCUCAGUCACUUCACUCUAUGAAAUGUUAUUACCAGCAAAUUGAGCCGUUUGAUAGAAAAGACUUUUGUUUCACACAUGCUAACACAUCUGUGUUGGCUCCUCCACUUUGCAAAUGGGAAGAAGUGUGUGUGUGUGGGUUGAAGAGUCAGAAAGACUCAAACUUGAGAAUGCUGAGUCUUGAUGCACGCUUGUAUGUAGAGCUUGCACGCUGCCACUGUUACCAUAGCAUUUAUUUGUUUGUCUCCAAUGUGCUCUAACCUUGCUACCAAUUUUAUUUCUGCCAUUGUUUUUAUUUUUAUUUUGGCGGGGGGGGUUGCAUUUGCACUAAUGUCAUUUAUACUAGCAACGCUCCAAAGCUGUUCUGUGGCUGUGAGCAACCAAAUACCUUCUGGUGUGUUUGUGUACGAGGAAACAGCCUAAUCUGUUUGUUUGUAAUGUAUAUACAUGUUGCUCUGUAUGACAUCUAUAUUAAACCAGGCGAGUGUUGAUAUAUAAAUAAGAUCAGAGCUUGGUUUCUCCAAAGCUUCCUAGUGGUUUGGUGUUCUUUGUUACUUUACAUUCCUGUGAACAAAGACAAACUUUAGGCUAGGAAGCUUUCGGGGUAACCAAGCCUUCUGAUCUGCGAGACCAGCCAGUGUUGCUGAUUCUCCGGUCUGUAUGACGCGUCCUUAAGCUGAAGUGAUCACUCCGGUGCCCUCUACUGUUAGGAGUGGGAUCAGCAUGACGCAGAAGGACUGGGGAUGCACUAGUUAACCCUCAACCGUAUUACUUACUACCACUAUUACUAAAGGUCUUAUUACUAUGAAUGACUUAAUUGUUGACAUUGGAAAGCGUUGGCCACAGGGCUGAGAAUGAAUACACAAUGUAGGAUCAAACCUGGCCAGCGCUGUAUAACUUUAUUUUUUUUAAGAGAUAAAAUUGAGAGUUUGAUGUAUUUUGCACAUGUUCCUCUGAAAGGUGAACAUAAGGACUUUCUGUAUUUUUGAAAAACUCAUUCUCAUUUUAUUAUCAGCUCCAUUUCUUAAGACUUUGAUGUAAAACAAAGCACCGAAAAUGGUUACAAAUAUUAAAACAGCCUCUCAUGUGGAGCAUUUGACUGUGUCCAGCAGAGAGAUCACCUGUUCAACAAUAUGUCACGUGCUCCACAAGAUGAGAACUGUCAUUGGCAACUGUAUGUGAAUUUGCAUUGCAGUAUUAAGUGAUAAAUAACUAGCAGAGAAGCCGGUCAGCUGUUGAUUCCUGAUGUAUUUGCUCAGUUUAUACUCCAUGUUGGAGAAAUUACAGAUGUUGCGGUCACUCUCCAGGCUAUGAUCUGUGACGUAUCUUUUCAUACGGUCUAUGACAGUUUAACAUCAAAUGCUUUAAGGCAAUCAUAGAUCAAUAUUUAGUAUGACUAAACUGCUUAUUCAUCUGAUAACCAUAGAAAGUGUAGAUGCUUAAACAAAGCUUUUAAAUACAUUAUUUGCAUUUUAAUGCAUCUCUAAGAUUUCAGCUGUGGGAUUGACUUCAUGUAAACUGCAAGUUGUCUGUGAGCUAUUGUGCCAAACACAGACAUGAACCCUUCACUGCUGCUCCACACAUUGAGCAGCAUUCAUUUGACAUAGCAGUUCCUCCUGUCAGCUGUGAGCUUGGUGUGUUUCUAAAACAGUACAUUUGCCAUCAAUCCAUGUCACUUAACCUAAAUUAUAUUUUAUAAUUGCUCUUGAUUGACUUGCUGGUUAAAUAGCACUAUAAAAAAGCCAGUGUGUCCUACAUGUCCCAAUAUUUCUUAAUACUGAAACAGUUCAUGUAUAUUCAUUUUAAAAUUGCUAGUAAGUAACCAGGAGGAAUAUAAACAGGCUACAGCCCCAUUUGAUAGCUGAAGUCAAUCUCCAAUCACAAAUCCAGAUGUUUCUUAUUCUCAGUUUAUCGCAAUACUUUGCAAAAUCAUUACUCUAUAACACUGAAAAUGUAAGCAAAUAUAGCAAUGGAAUCUAUAGCUGCCACAAAGCACUCUGACCACAAUUCUCUUCUGAAUGCAUUACAGAUGAUACAUGAUAGGUUUUUUUUUUCCACACACACAUUUAGGGACCUGCUCUCUGACUGAAUGCCAGUUGUGUUCUGUUAAAACUCUUCAGUUGGUUUUUAACUUUAUGUCUGGCAUUGCCUUGGUUAUUUUACAAAAAUUGAAUGUCAAAAAUAAAUGAACCAUCCCACUCUGGA